CACUCCGUCCUCCUCCUCCUCCUCCCGCGGCCGCGGAGCCACGCACGGGCGCCGCCCGGAAACGGCCGCGAGAGCCCCGGCGGCGGAGGCAGAGGCGGCGCCACAACACCCACCCACCUCCCGCGCGCGCGCCCCCGGCCCGGCCGCUGCCGCUCUUCGGGGACUGGCGGGGCGGGGGCCGCUGGUUGCGGCCGGCCGACAUGGGAAUUUGGCGCAUCCCCGUGGAUGAAAUCGACCGUCCCGGUAGCUUCGCCUCUCAUAUGAACCGCUCCAUUGUCCUGCUGCUGAACGUGCUGUCCCAGCUCAAAGAUUACCCCACUUUGCUGAAAAUCUGCUCUAUGCUGCAGAGGACCCCCGACCAGGGAAAGAAAUACUUGCGGGAUGCGGAUCGCCAGGUUCUUGCCCAGCGCGCCUUUGUUCUCACCGUGAUGGUGCUAGAGGACAUGUUGCAUGAGCUCACCGAGGUCUCCGAAGAUCAAAGCGGCCAGUGCUGUGACGUUUUGGAGGCAAGGAUGACUACCGAUGUCUUUCACAAGGCAAGUGCGGAGGAUGGUCAGGAACCCCUGCCCCCAAAGGCAGCCUUGUCCGGAGAGGAGGGGGCGUCUUACAGCACUGAGGAUGUGGCCCAAGGAGAGGGCCAGGACCAGCCUCUCAGUGCCAUGGAGCCAGAUGAGGGCAAGCCGGAAAAGCCCCCGAAAGAAGCGUCUCCAUCGGGCCCUGCUGAACCCAUGGAGUGCGACCACUUCGCUGCUGAGCCUGAAAAAAUGGAGGCCUUCUCUCUCUAUCCUGAGGCGGCCCAGUUGCCCCCUGGCAAGAUCUGCAAGGACAAGGCCCCCGAGAGCCGGACCACGGCAGAGCUGUCCCUGGAGGACUUAAGCAUCAGCUCCAAGCACCAGCAGCUGGAGGCAGGGAAGGGCCAGGCCGGCCCCACAGAGGAGACUAGCCAGAAGGCCAACCGGAAGAGGAAGCUGGCCGGGGACACGGAGUCGGGGAAGACCCUUCUUCUGGACGCCUACCGCGUGUGGCAGCAAGGGCAGAAGGUCAUGACCUACGACCUGGGCAAAAUUGAGAAGAUCAUGUCUGAGACCUACAUGCUCAUUAAGCAAGUUGAUGAAGCGGCUGCUCUAGAACAAGCCGUCAAAUUUUGCCAAGUGCACAUUGGCGCUUCUGCCCAAAAGCAGUUGGCUGGAGAUGCUCCAGCCACCCCGAAGCACCCCAGAGAUAGCCGGGACCACUUCUUUGCUGCCGCCCCCAAGUCUUUGACGCCCCCCAUGGGGACCGCUGCGGACGCUCCUUCCUCGGUUGCAGAAGCUCUUCCCAGACUGGCAGACCAGCAGAGCAAGCCCAAGGCAGCCUCGCCCUCCUCCUCCUCCUCCUCCUCCUCUUCUUCCACCACCGGCGGUCUUCUCCUGCCACCACAGGAGCCGGCAGGGGUGGAGAACAUCAAGGAGAUGCCUCCUACCUCCAGCCUCAAGCCUG